AUGAGUGAAAAUCAUGAAAAAGCUAAGUAUUAUCGAAAGACAAAUGAAGAUUUUGACCACAAAUGGCAUCACUUUUAUGAUGCCAUUGAAAGAGCCGAAAAAGACUUUAAACACAUGGAUUCAUACGAGUCGACAAACACUUCUUGUGAUAUUUUUCUUGAUUUUCUUAACCAAGACAUAAAACAUUGGAUACAAUCGGGAAUCACGAAGAGUAGCAUUGAUAAUACCAUUCGGCAAAAGCGCGGCGUUCACUAUCAGGUCAUUAAUCAUACACUCUAUCGGGACAUGGAUUGUAUGUUUCCCUCCCGAUGUCAGGGCAUCGAGUAUUUCAUUAAGAAAGCUAUUAAUCAAUUACCAAACAUGGAUCUCAUCAUUAAUGUCAGAGACUAUCCUCAAGUGCACAACAAUUGGGAUGACUUACCGGUGCUUUCCUUUUCAAAAGACACGACACAAUAUAAUGACAUACUAUACCCCGCGUGGACAUUUUGGGCGGGAGGGCCGGCAAUUGAUCGAUACCCUACAGGAAUUGGUAGAUGGGAUCUAAUGAGACAAUCUAUAACUAAGAGGAAUGAUGAAUGGAAACACAAGUCUUCGAAAGCAUUUUUCAGAGGUUCGCGUACUUCAUCGUCAAGAGAUACUCUAAUUUUUUUAAGUCGCGAUAAACCAGAUCUAAUUGACGCCCAAUACACGGCAAACCAGGCGUGGAAGUCAGUGGCCGACACAUUAGGUCAACAGCCGGUGCCUACAAUUUCCUUUGAAGAUCAAUGCAAAUAUAAAUACCUGAUUAACAUGAGAGGAGUGGCCGCUUCUUUCAGAUAUAAACACUUGUUUUUAUGUAAAUCACUUGUUUUGAAUGUCAACUCUAAUUGGAUUGAGUUCUUUUACCCUCAACUUAAACCAUGGAUUCAUUUUGUUCCCGUAGCUGAAGAUAUGAAUGAUUUAGAAGAGAAGAUAAUGUUUUUAAAAUCUAACGACAAAAUUGCACAAAAAAUAGCCGAAAAAGGCUUUGAUUUUAUUUGGAAACAUUUGACUUUAGAGUCGGUUCAGUGCUAUUGGGAUAUACUUUUGGAUAACUAUUCAAAGCUUUUAAAAUAUAAACCAAAUCUCAACAAAAAUCUCAUAAUAAUUGCAUAA